AUAGAUCACUUACAAAGUCGAAUCCCCAGGAGUAACAGGACUUAUACAGUGUCGAACGCGUGCUACGUAGAAGAGAACCGUCAUAAUGAAUACUGGCGAAAUCAUUCUGGUCGUGAUAACGGCGAUUGCUAUACUCGCUCACUGCCUCUGUCUCCUGACCCUAACCCAGCCUGUCAUGAGGAAAAGGAAAUAUUGCUACCACACAGCACUGGCAGUGUCCGAUUUCCUGCAGAUGACGUUCCUGAUUUUCACUACGACUUAUGAAAGGCAUUCAAGGACUUGCAAGGAGAUGGGUCCUCUCGAGGUUACGAUGGAAUUCUUCACGCUAACUGGAUCAUACGCGGUCUUCCUGCUCGCCCUCGACACGUAUAUUGCCGUAGUCCAUCCCUCGGCUUUCCUGUCCACGCAGACGAACAAAAUGUACAUGCUCCGGUGCCUAGGUGUUUUGCCUUUGGUUCUCCUCGCCUACAGCCUUUUAUAUGUUUACUCUCUAGUAUAUUUUUCUUACGUGAUCACUCUUUUGGUCAUCCCUUUACUCUGCUUGGCAACGGCCAGGAGGCUUUGGGAACUUAGUUCGGGCUUCGCGCGCCAAUAUUCUCGAAGACACUUGGAAAAUAUAAAGUUACUCCUCAUGGUGGUUUUGAUAUCUUAUAUUGAGUAUUUGCCGAGUUUAGUGAUGAGGGCUAAAUGCAGUGAUCGUAAAUGGUUUCCUUUGGCGAAUGGCUUCGUGAAUCUCCUGGGGAAUGCCGACACUCUCUUCCUGUACUACGUGUACAAAAGUGAGUUCCGGUCAACUUUUCUUGGCAUGUUCGGAGUUUCUAAAGACCUUUCCGAUCCAAGCUCUGCAGCCCCGUCCGACGCCGCCGACGUGGUCCAGCGGAACGGGAGCGCGUGCAGUGCUGUAGAGGGCCAGCCUUCGAUCCCACUCGAAGGGCACAUCAGUGAUGCAGUGCAGGACGGUGGCCCUCUAGUCGUAGUAUCUCAUGCUGCUUGAAGACCUUCAUCUCGACUAAGGUCUCUCAGAGAUCCCUGUACUUUCGGUGGACGAUGAAUGUUCCAUUUAAGCAAAGAAAUAUCAGGGCCUCUUG